GGACACCGUCGACAGGACAGUCCGUACACUUAUUGUUUUGAUCAACAGCGAUAGCAUAAUUAUUCAAAAAUAUAACUGUAGUUUUUAGAAACUAAUUGUAAUUACUUUCAUUAUGAGUUGUAAAGUAUGAGCGCUAUAUCGUACGAAGACUUUAUCAAUGCUGCUGAACAAUUUUUAAAGAUAUCACAAAAGAUAAACGACGGAUGGCAAUUGUUGCAACUACAAGAAGAUAAAAGUAAGAUAUAUCUCAAGAAAGAGAGCUUUAAACUUUGUGAAAGAACAGGCGAUUCUACUCUUCUAAAAACUGAAUAUGUAAUAUUUUACAACCAUAGUUAUGGCGUACCAUCAUUCAGUUUUAAUGUGUGGAACUCGACAGGAGCCCUCCUGACUUUGGAGAAUAUUAGACAAAUGUCUUUUAUCAGUAUCAGUGAAAAGGACUUCUACUCUGUUGUAACUCAACAGGAGCACCCAAUUUUCUUCCGUCCAUAUUUCAUGGUGCAUCCUUGUCACACUGAAGAACUGCUUUUGGCGUUCAAAAACAAGUCAAAGAACAUUAUUGUGACAUUUCUUGGAUUAAUAACUGUACUGAUAAAAUUAGACUUGCCAGUAGAAUAUGGGUUGAGUUAAAUUAUUUUUUAAAUCUGUUUUAUUAUGUAUUUUACGCUAUUUUUUAUUAAUGCUGUUGAUUGGUGAUUUAUAGGCAAGAUUAAAUUAGGUUGUUUAUGUAUCAGCAUGUCCAGUAGACCUAGACACAUUCACAUAGGCCUCCUCUACAUUUUCCAUUUUUGUCCAUCAUAAUUUUCACCAAGGCACUUUGCCGAAACUAUUUAGUUAUAGAUAUUAUCUGCUGUAACCAAUAUUUUUACAAUACAAUAAUCUUUAUUUAUUA